CUUGCCACUUUUCGCUGUUGUGUCAUUGGUGUCUUGUCGUCACUGGUGCCUUGUAGUCGCUGGUGUCUUGUCGUCGCUAGAUUUCUCUGGCGUUCUUGUGAAUUUACGUGUUUCUCUGGCAUUUUUGUGGAAUAGCUUUGUAUUCUUUUCUGGCGUUCUUAUAAGUGGUUAUAUGCGUUUUUUCACUGUGGAUUUG